AUGUCGGUGGGGAUUUCUGAGAAACAGAAGCCGAAAAGGUCGAUUUCAUCGACGCUAGUAUCGUUGUUUAGCAAACAUUCAGAAGACGAUGGCGGUUCCCAAUUCAAUAAGGAUGACUCGCGUGACGACCCGGGAGAAGUAAGCGAUUCCGGUUCUGUGGUGAUUAAAGGCAAAAAACGUCGGCUAGGUGCGUACGAUAAUCUUGUGUGGAAUGACGAAGAAUUGGAUAAUAAUUCAUCGUCUAUGAACCUGGCUAAUCUCGACGACGAUCGUGAAGCGGACAAGAGACCCAGCAUCUUUUUGUACGAGGGAGACUCCUCGGGAUACGACUUGCGUCCUCCAGUGUUAACGAUAGAACCGAAGCAGCGGUUGAGAUUGCUAAGAAUGCAGCAGUUACGUCGUGCUAGACAGUACCCGCUACUGCAAAGGCAUUUGCUAUCGCUAGACUACAACUAUAGCUAUGACCAUGACCAUGACCAUGACCAUGGGCUGCUUACAGAUGGAAAGCCUGCUGCAAGUGGCAGAAAGCACCAGUUGAAAAGCACAACCGCUGCUAGCACGAGCUUGAAGAAGAAUUCAGCAGUCAAGAAAAGUAAGACGAAGAGAUGGAAGGGCGACUUCCAAUACGAUUUAUCUGAAUAUGAUAUACUGAAAAACAAUGUCAAAGCGAAACAGUCGUCUGCAGCAACGGCUGGGAAUAUGGACUCUCCCAAAUUGUCCCGUGCUCUUCUAAAACAGAGCUCCUCGUUGAAGAAACCAUCAUCAUCUGCAUCUGAUCAAUCGGAAACAUCCGUAGGAUCUACAUUGACGGGAAUUCAAAGUAAACUGUUACAAGGCAAGUCGCUUUUCAAAGAAAACGAAUCCAAUAAAAAGGAGUCCGCCGCAGCCGCAGCCGCAGCCGCAGCGCCACUAUCACUAAAACCAUUGGUGAAGGAGAGCAUAUCAGAGAAGAAACCGUUGUUUGUCAAUGCUCCAAGCAUAGGGUUCGACUUUGUUACCAGUGAUACAAAUUCCCCCGACGCUACUGACACCCCUACAAAACCUGCUGCAUCGAGAGCUUUUACAUUUGGAGGCAAACCAGAUACUAAUACAGGUGCCAAUAAGCUAGCCCCUGCCCAAGUAUCCAAGCGCGGUGAUGAUGAUAAUGAUAAUGAUGAUAUUGAAGAGCUCCCAAGGAAAAAAAGAGAGUUGGGUACUUCGGAAGACAACGAAGUUGGAUCCAAGACUGCAGCAUCAGCAUCAGCUGUUGCUGCUCCGAAGCCAUUCUCAUUCGGAAACCCUAUCGCCGCAAAACCUUCAGAUACUCCGAAAUUCUCUUUUGGAGGUGCUUCAUCUAACACUUCUAAACCGGACCCAGUUGUACCAUCCUUCUCUUUCGGUGCAACAAAAAGCUCAAAGGAUGAGAGCAAAAAGGAAUUACCAACUUUGUUUUCAAAACCCUCUGACGACUCCUCAUCGAAAGACAAAUCUGUGCCAAUCUCUGGUCUUGUAUCAACAGCCGAUAAAACUGAAAACAAUUCUGUGGGUAAAACAAAUAGUCUUUUCAAGUUUGGUGCCAAAACUAACUCUACAAAACCAGAUGAGACAACGAAACAAAUACCAUCAUUCACUUUCGGCAAAGCUAAAGAGUCUACUGAUGAACCACAAGUAGGAAACACAGCAGAGAUUAGUAAGACACCAAAACCCUUGUUCCAAUUUGGUUCAACUACUAGUAAUGACAAUGAGAAACAGAAAGAUGUUGUAAAUAAAGAAGUGGCGGUACCGACAUUCAGUUUUGGGAAAACUAAUGAAAACAACAAAACGGAGUCUGCCAAUACUACCAAUCCUUCUGCAGAAGAUCAAGCUAAACCAGCAUUUUCCUUUGGAAAACCUUCUUCUGAAGCCACAAAAGCAACAACACCAACCUUUUCCUUUGGGAAGGAAGCUGGGGCUGAAACCAAAGCCACUUCUGGUUCCGAUCCUAGCGCAAUAAAACCUGCAUUCUCUUUUGGUUCUACUACAUCACAAGCCACACAACCAUCAAAGCCAGCAUUUUCUUUCGGAAGUGCGCCUGCUGCCACUGGUGCAAAUGAUCAAGCAAAGGAGAAAACACCUACUUUCUCAUUUGGAGGAACUGCCACGAAGAAGAUCGAAACAGUAACUGAUAACAAUGCUACGAAGCCCAGCUUCACAUUCGGUACAAGUGCACCAACUGCGAACGGUACAAACAAUACAAGCACUCAGGGAACUCCCUCAUUCUCCUUUGGGGCCUCUAGCGCUAAUAAACCAGCAGAAACAGCUGCUACGUCAAAACCGUCAUUUUCGUUUGGAAGUACAACAGUGAAUGAUGACAAGCAGAAUACUGCAAAACCUCCAGUAUUUGGAUCUCAAACACAAAAUGAACAGAAAACAUCGGGAGGGUUUAAGUUCGAUUUGAGCGGGUUGAAAAAUGACAAUAAGCAGAGUUCCCCAACUCCAUUUUCCGAUGGUUCAAAUGUUGCGUCUGCAGCAGGCAGUAAUGGAUCGGCCGGGGGAUUUUCAUUUGGCAACAAUACCCUCCAGCCAACAGGCCAAAACAAUAUAAGUGCACCGCAACCAUCUCAAAGCGCUUUCAACUUUUCUGCCCAACAGACCCAAAAACCAUUUGCAUUUGGAGGAAGCGGCCCUAGCACCACCAACAAUUCCCCUGCGUUCGGUGCUAGUUCAAACCAGCCUAAUGUGCCAUUCACAUUUGGCGGCAGCUCUGCUUCAUCAACACCACAAAUCCAAUCUCUUGGUAGCGCUGGUUUCCCAAAUCCAGGUCCAAGUGCAGUUCCACCCACACAAUCUUUCAAUCCAUCAAAUGUGGUAAACUUCAACUUUGCUGGCCAGCAACCUCAAAACCCUUCAACAAUUUUUGGAUCACCCGCUCCACAAGGCAAUUCACCUUCGAUGUUCUCCUCUGGCCCUCAAAACCCAGCAUCGAUUUUCAACUCGCAACCUGCAGGUACCCCUCAAGGGAACCCUCAAUUCCCUCCCCAAAGAAAGAUCGCUAUGCCUAGUAGAAGAAGAAGGAGGGCGUAA